AUGGCCCGUCGUUACCUACUCAGCCAGCAGUCGUUACCUAUCGUCGUUACCUACUCAGCCAGCACAUAUCGAGCGCGACUUAAGCUGCAGGACGAUGCAGUCGCCACUUCGAUACUCGGUUGGCUCUGUGCGCAGGUUCCCGAGGUGUUCGAGACCCACGUGAUGCCGCACCUCACGGACAGAGACUUACGCAGUCUGGCGUUCCUCGGUGGUGAACCUCGACGUGUGAUACGGGGCUCAUCUCGCGCCGCGCCUGCCUUAUCGCGUUGGCUUAUCCCUCGUUGCCUUAUCCCUCGGAUACGGCCCACGGGAUGCGCGGUAGUAGAAAAGGACCACAUGCGUCAAGUGCUGGACAGGUUCGUCGGGUUUGACCCAGAUGGCGACGCUUACUGCAGGAGGUGUCGCUUGAAUGGGCAAAAAAGACACGGCAAGACGAUUUUAAAGACACUGCUAGCACAGCACGACCACGCCGAAAGAGUUGCGUUUUCCCCAACUGCGGGCCCAACUUCGACUUCCAGUGAACACCGCAACGCCCAUGCAAAGAUGUUUUAUGCUAUCGAUGCCGUGCUGCGCUUCGCGACCAGCUCGGAAGCUCGGGUUGCUACAUGCGCGGGCGGUCUCCUCAGCGAGGCGGCGUCCGUUUCUUCUCCGGCGAGGGCGGCAGAAGAAGCAAAAGAAGCAGAAGACGCAGAAGCAGCAUUGCCCAUGGCGCUCGCUUCUUUUGCUUCUUCGGGCCGCGCCUCUCCGGCGACGACGAACACGCCCGCGGCGGCGAUCGCACCUUUGGCGGCGACCGAGCCCUCGCGGAUAAAGACUGCAUGGUCCAUUCCAGGAUGUUUGAUGCUAUUGAUGCCGUGCUGCGCUUCGCGACUGAAAUAA